AUGUGCGAACGCGUGCGCGAAUGCGUGCGGGAGUGCGUGCGCGAGUGCGUGCGGGAGCGCGUGCGCGAAUGCGUGCGGGAGUGCGAUUGGGAGUGCGUGCGCGAGUGCGAGGGCAUGCGCGAACGCGUGCGCGAAUGCGUGCGGGAGCGCGUGCGCGAGUGCGUGCGGGAGUGCGUGCGCGAGUGCGUGCGCGAGUGCGAGUGCAUGCGCGAACGCGUGCGCGAAUGCGUGCGGGAGUGCGUGCGCGAGUGCGUGCGGGAGCGCGUGCGCGAAUGCGUGCGGGAGGGCGAUUGCGAGUGCGUGCGCGAUUGCGAGUGCGUGCGCGAGUGCGAGUGCAUGCACGAACGCGUGCACGAGUGCGUGCGCGAACGCUGCGUGCGCGAGUGCGAGUGCGAGCACGAACGCGUCCGCGAAUGUGUGCGGGAGUACGUGCGCGAGUGCGUGCGGGAGCGCGUGCGCGAGUGCGUGCGGGAGUGCGAUUGGGAGUGCGUGCGCGAGUGCGAGGGCAUGCGCGAACGCGUCCGCGAAUGCGUGCGGGAGCGCGUGCGCGAAUGCAUGCGGGUGUGCGAUUGCGACUGCGUGCGCGAGUGCGAGUGCGUGCGCGAACGCGUGCGCGAAUGCGUGCGGGAGUGCGUGCGCGAGUGCGUGCGCGAGUGCGAGUGCAAACGCGAACGCGUGCGCGAAUGCGUGCGGGAGUGA